CAGAUCACUAGCGCGAGUCACAAGUUUGAAGCCAAAAACUCCUCACACUACUCUCGGUCUCAGCCAUGAAAUUCUUCUCGACCUCGACCCCUUUCUUCAUACUCAUCCUCCCAUUCGUGCCUCUCCUCUACUUUCUCUGUCUUCACCGGCAUACCAAGAAGACGACUCGCCCCAAUGGACUCAAGUACUACCCGGUGGUCGGCACGCUGCCGCACUUCGCCAAGAACAGGGGCCGGUUUCUCGAGUGGUCGACCGAUGUCAUGAAGCGCAGCCCGACGCACAACAUGAAAUUCGAGGCGCUUGGCCUCACCGGCAGCGUCAUCACAGCCAACGCGGCCAACGUUGAGCACGUGCUAAAGACCAGGUUCAGCAACUACCCAAAGGGCGAGCUCACCGUGUCAUUGCUCGAGGACUUGCUUGGCCACGGCAUCUUCAACUCCGACGGCGAGCAGUGGCUGUGGCAGCGGAAGGCCGCCAGCUACGAGUUCAACCAGCGCUCGCUGAGGAGCUUUGUGGUGGACACCGUACGGUUCGAGGUCGUCGACAGGCUGCUGCCGCUGCUGGAGCGAGCGCGGCGCGGCGGCCGGACGCUGGACGUGCAGGACGUGCUCGAGCGCUUCGCGUUCGACAACAUCUGCCACGUGGCCUUCGAUGAAGACCCAGCGUGCCUCGGCGAGGACGGCGUGGUCUCCUCCCGGAGCGCGGAGUUCAUGCGCGCGUGCAGCGACGCGCAGAACGCCGUCACCGCGCGGUUCAUGUCGCCGGUCAAGUCGCUGUGGCGCGUCAAGAGGCUGUUCAACUUGGAGCCCGAGCGGCGGAUGCGGGAGGCGCUCGGUACGAUCCACGGUUACGCCGACCGGAUCGUCCGGGAGCGCAGGGCGAGAGGGGAGGCCAGGCUGGCGCGCGGCGAUGACUUCCUAUCGCGCUUCGCCAUGGGUGGCGAGCACAGCGACGAGAGCCUCCGCGACGUGGUCACCAACUUCCUCAUCGCUGGGCGCGACACGACGUCGUCGGCGCUGACCUGGUUUCUCUGGCUGGUCUCCGGCCGGCCCGACGUGGAGGACAGGAUCGUGCGUGAGAUCCGCGCGGUGCGACGCGCAUCAAGCAGCGGGGACACAAGCGGCGAGACCUUCAGCUUCGACCAGCUGCGGGACAUGCAGUACAUCCACGCCGCCAUCACCGAGUCCAUGCGGCUGUACCCGCCCGUGCACCUGGACACGCACAGCUGCAAGGAGGAGGACCUCCUGCCGGACGGCACGUUCGUGGGGAAAGGGUGGCUGGUGACCUACUGCGCGUACGCCAUGGGGAGGGUGGAGGACAUCUGGGGCGCGGACUGUGAGGAGUUCAGGCCGGAGCGGUGGCUGGACGAGACGGGCGCGUUCCGGCCGGAGAGCCCGUUCAAGUACCCCAUCUUCCACGGUGGCCCGAGGAUGUGCCUCGGCAAGGAGAUGGCCUACAUACAGAUGAAGUCCAUCGUGGCGUCUGUGUUCGAGAGGUUUAGUCUCCGGCACGCCGGUGGCGAGGGACACCCGGGGUUCGUGCUCUGGUCGACGCUGCGUAUGGAGGGCGGCUUGCCGAUGCAAGUGACCACCCGGGAAUAACCAGCGUCCAGAUAGGCUACCUGGGCUUGUCGACUUGUCAUUGCUAGUGUUGCUCUCGCUUGAUCCGACAAAUGCAGACCGAAUAGGUGAAAGUAUUCUAAACUCUUAGAAGAUAUUUCUCUUCAAUUACAUGUCAUUUAAAUAGUAUAAAAAAUUAUAAAGAUAUGUCAAUACUAAAUAUAUAGCUCUACGAACAAAAAAUUCAAAUAUGAAUUUUACAAUUCAUAACAAAAAUAACAAAUAUACC